AUGGUAGGAGAAGUUCAAAGAAGGCAUAAUAUUAAAAUCAACACCGGAUUGUUACGUUUUUUUAGUGGCAGGGAAAGGACUUGUCUGACUGUGACAGAGUUUGAUAUUUCAGCUUCAUGGUUUAAAGUUGGACUUUCACCUGAAACUCUUAGAAGAACAAAUCUUGGAGAGUUGAAAGUUGAAAAUGUUAUCAUGCCAACUAAAAAAAUUGGUGAUAAAGUGAAUCUUGAAGUGGAUAUGUUGGGAAAAUAUGUUGAAAAAUUAAUUGAAUCAAAAUUAUUCAGUAGCAUUAAUAGUAGCAGUAGUAAUGAAAAUGGUGAAAAUUAUAUUGAAAGAAUUGUAAAAAAAUAUUUGGACGAAAAAUUUAAAUAA